AUCCUGGUCCACGGGCCGGACGAGGCGACCAAGUCCCUGGGAGAGUACUGUCAGAACACCGGCUUUGUGGAGGGAAGUGUGUUCUGCCCCAACAUCGGUGACGUCAUCGACGCCACCACAGAGAGACACAUCUACCAGGUGCGACUGAGGGACCAGCUGGUCAGCUCCCUGAGCUUCGCCCGUGCCCGGGACAUGGAGCUAGCCUGGGUGGACGGACAGCUGGACAUCCCGCCCGUGGACAGCGUGGAGGAGGACGAGGAGAUGCCGGACGACGAGGCCGCCAAGAAACGGGCAGAAUCUCAACUGAACACAAAUCCCCCCACGUUGGAGAGUCUCCCUCCCAAUAUGGUCCCGCCCCACAUGUCUGUGUUCAUCAACGAGCCCAAGCUGUCCGACUUCAAAGUGGUGCUCAUCAACGCCGGGGUGACCUGCGAGUUCGCCUCCGGCGUCCUGGUUUGUAACAACCUAGUGGCUGUCCGCAGGGACGCUGCUGGUAAAAUGAAGCUGGAGGGAACACUGUGCGAAGACUACUUCAAAAUUCGGAACCUGCUCUACUCACAAUAUGCCAUAGUGUAGUACGCCAUUCCAUACAUUCUUGUGGAUUCUUUGAUCUUUUAGGACAAAUCGAGAUUCUUUUUCAACGCCCACAAAUUGAUAUUGACAAUACAACACCUUGUCUUCUCUUGUGCCUCAAUGUAGUGUUCUUGUGUCGGGGGGGGGGGGGGGGGGGGGGGGGAAUCUACUCUUUUUUGGUCCUUUUUCCAUACUCAACAGAUCUUGAUUCGAACACAACAAAGGCAUAGGGACAGCAGCGUUUGGUUUCAGUUUUUACUAUUACUUUUUAAAAUUUUGAACCCAUUCUUUCCAGUAAGGUACACAGAAUUCUGUUUCGGUUUUCUAAAUCGUUUAUGGAUACAACAUUGCUGUCAGUAUAGUAUAUUGUCUUUGAAGUCUUUGUAUAAAAUGUAUACCCCUUUUUACAGUUGCCUUGGAACUUUUGCAUAUGAAACUUCAUGAUGAAGAUAAAGCAGGGAUAGUGCAUGUAUAAAACACUUUUCAUACUCUUACAAGUUGCAGAUUUUUCAUGUUUCAAAUAUAAACUUAGAGUCAAUUCAGUACGGCAUUAUAACAUAUUUUGUGCUAUAUAAAUAUGUACCUCUAUUUGUGGCUCUCUCAUCUGUGUCGUGUUGCGCCACUCUGUACAUGUACGUAAUAGAAGGGAAACUGACGUUUCGCAUGAAGUCUGCGAAUCCACCUUUAUGUUAUUCUCUCUUAAGUCUUACAGUACGUUACAGUUACAGGUGCACUUACUCGGAGUCAAUAGCCAAUGCACAGAUUCACAGCCAUCAUGUAUAGGCCUGCUAUUCUUCGGAUUAGUGACAAAAAUUGCUGGUCUCUUGCCAAUUGUGAUGAUUUCUUCUUUUUCUGCAUUCCCCGCCAGCUAACUGGUUAGGCACAUCAUUGUUGCACACAAGAGACCUGAGUUAGAUUCCUGAGUGGAGAGAAUAUUUUUACCUAGCAUCUCAGUCUUUCUGAUGGGAUGCUGCAUCCCUCUCACUCUCAGCGUGGGUUGGCCGUUACAGGCAGGAGUUGGAAGCCCCCUUCCAAAAUUAUCUAAAUUGUGUUGAUAGGGCUAUUAAUUUUUUUAAAACUACAUAAAUAGAAAGUACACCUGCUAGAGUCUAGGAAGCACCUGGCAGUAAAAUCUUCAUCAGUGCAGUUGAAUUUUACGUCCAUGACUGUUUAUCUCUACAUGGACACUGAAGAGGUUUGAACAGCUAAAUUCCAAUGCCCUUGUGUAGUUAUUGAUUUCCUUUUAUGAGAGUUUGUGCUCUUGAAAUUGACAGCAUUGUAUCUUUAAAGCAUUGUCAGAUUUAAAUCCAACUGAAAGGGGUUUUUUUUGGUUGUUUUAUUUUAAAAUUUAAAAAACAAGUUCUGCUUGGCAUUGUAAUCCACAGUUCUAUAUUUUGCUAUGUCCAGUGAACUUUGUGUCUCAUUUUUCAUUAUUGUCAACAUGUUCUGUAAAAUGGAUGUUCAGACCCGAGAAUCAAAUAAAGUCUUAAGAACAUCUUAAA